AUGAGUGCUGCAGCAGCCACAACAGCGGCGGUCGAUUCAUCGGUUAAGGAUAAGGGUGAACCCGAUUGGUCAUUGGAAGAUGUGGACUGUGUGUUACACUGGAUUGCUGGUGGUACCAUUUCUGAAAGAAAGGGAACAGAGCUACUGAAUGUUAUCUUCGGGAAAUCUCUUUCUCGUUACACUGUUCGUUCAAAAGUGAAAGCAUUGAAAGAAAAGGAGCGUAUAUCUAAUACAACUAUUAACGAACUGAAAGAAAGUAGUGAUAACGAUAACGAAUCGCAGUAUCGUAUUGUGGAAGUGGAAAGUGAAAAUGGUGAUGUGAAAACAUAUACGGAACUGAUGAAUUGCUCAGCUAGUUGUAGCGAUGUGGCUUAUGAGAAUGGUGACACACUUUGGAGUACAGAUGUGUACGAUUUGAGCUCAAAAGAGGAAAUUGAUGUGAGUAAAAUUGAAAUUACACGAUUGUUAAAUCGGCGAGGCAAUUUGGGACUUAUUGCAAUAGCAGAAAAUAAUGGCUAUCGUGUAUAUAGGCAAAGCACAAAACAGGCAACUCGAGUUUAUUAUCGUUGUUCUCGAUGUGAUUGGUUGAAAAAGAAAAAUGGUUCUGGUCGAACAGCUUAUAUUACUAUGGUUAAUGAUACUAUUGUUGGUACAGCAUAUCCAUUGCAUAAUGAGUUAUGUCAACUUUAUACAUCAUCAGCUCUUCGCAUGAAGCAAUUCGAUCGGAUAGCAAAAAAAGAAGUUUUGCAUAAUUUCAAAGAAGAUGAGCAGCUAAAGGUUAAGGUUAAUGAAGAACUUCAUAUAGCUGAUCGUUCGAUAUGUCAGAGUGGUCACAAGCGCUCUCAAUACUGGAAUGAUACAUAUCUUCAGGAAAGAACGUUUCCGGAGUAUAUUUUUGCUCAUUUUGGAGGUCCUGCUAAUUUUGAACAAAGCUGUACACUUCCACAAAAAGAAGAGGUCUGUUUAAUUACGAACACAGCUGUGGUUUUGGACUGA